UUCUUAUCGUUUUCAACAAACAGGCCCGAGAAUGGCAUCAGGAAGGUCAUCAAUCUACCAAGAUCUGUCGGAGAUUUAUGAUAAUGUAAUCAAUAAGGAGCAUCCCCGAAAGCUGAUACCGGAGCUAUGCAAACAAUUUUACAACCUCGGCUGGGUGACCGGUACCGGCGGCGGUAUAAGUAUUAAGCUGGACGACGAAAUAUAUAUUGCCCCUUCCGGCGUGCAGAAGGAACGCAUCCAGCCGGACGAUCUUUUCAUACAGAAUAUCGAGGGCGAUGAUCUGCAAACGCCUCCGGAUUACAAAAAGUUGACGAAGAGUCAAUGUACGCCACUGUUUAUGCUUGCGUACAAAGAGCGCAAUGCUGGAGCCGUUAUCCAUACGCACAGCCCCGCAGCGGUAAUGGCGACGUUGCUCUGGCCGGGCAAAGAGUUCCGGUGCACACAUCUGGAAAUGAUUAAGGGUAUUUACGAUUACGAGCUAAACCGCAAUCUAAUGUACGAUGAAGAGCUGGUGGUGCCUAUCAUAGAGAAUACACUGUUCGAAAAGGAUCUAGAAGAAUCGAUGGCAAACGCGCUGAGGGAUUAUCCUGGCAGCUCUGCUAUACUCGUCCGUCGCCACGGUGUAUACGUAUGGGGCCACAACUGGCAGAAGGCAAAGACGAUGGCGGAAUGCUACGACUAUCUGUUCUCGCUAGCGGUGGAAAUGCGUAAAGUUGGCCUGGAUGCAAACGCCGUACCGAAACAGUACUAGAGAGGGAGUUAUUUUCCAGCUUUAACCAAUCACCU